ACGCGUUCAGGGAUCAGCAAGGAAAUGAAGUUAUUCGUUUGCGUUUGGAUCAUCGGCUACAUGUUUGGGGUGGCCAGAGCUUGCCUAGACAUCCCGGAGUAUUACGGUGGCCUCGACUCCUCGCUGGUGAUCGGUGCCAGCACGCUGGCCAGCCCGGCGUCGUCCUGCAACUGCUGCGGCCUGUGCCACCAGGACACCGCCUGCAGGAGCUUCAGCUUCCGCCCUGACACGGGCGAGUGCACCCUGUACAACCGUGUGGGCGGCUACGGGGAGCUCCAGCGGCAGCCGGCCGGCAGCCAGGUCACCCAGUUCUUCUUCAUGCCCUCCAGCUCCGGGAGUGACGAGUUCUGUCGCUCGGACAGCGACUGCGUGACGCCGGGAGACGCGUGUCGCGGCCGCAUCUGCACCUCCGACCCGACGGUCACCUGCCGGCGAGCCUGGGAGCGGAACGGCGCACUGCCUGACCACCGCUACUUUGGCUACCUGGACGGCCAGGAGCACAGGCUCUACUGCCGCAUGCAGGGCCAGUACAGCGGCGCCACGCUGCUGCUGGCCUCGCAUAACGUACCCACCGACGGCGUGGCCUGGUCGGCCGACAACGUCCUCUACAAGUUGCACCCGCGGGACGGCUACCCCAGCGAGGCCAUCGACUACUCCAUUCUCAGGUACGCUGACCUGAUCAGGGACUCGAUGUCAGGCAGCACCUACGAAGUGUUCAUGAUCGCCCACGAGUACCAAGGAGAGCCAACCGUGGUGCAGAAGCUGACCGCCUCCCGGUCGCUGACUCUGAUCGGCACCGAGCUGGUUCCUCUGAGCGGCGGUCAGUUCCAGGUCAAUCCGACUCUGGCGUACGACGACGGCUGGCUGGCGUUCCCGUACCUUAUUAACGACCCGGCCCGAUCGGAGCUCUACACAACGAUCAACUCGCGCACCUCGUACUUGACCUGGCGGUCGGUGGUGACCACAGGCGGCGAUCUGCUCUGGCCGCUCAACAGGCCGCGCGCCACUGUGGUCCUCUACAUCCGCGAGUGAGCGUCCGCACGACGCGAGUCCGUGAGCGUCUCUUGUGAGCGUUCGCGCCACAUGUGGCUCCUGCGAAUGUCCGCGCUUCAAGGCUCCUCUGCAUCGAGCGUCCGCGCCGAAGGGGCGCUCUGCGUCCGGUCUUCGGCCCUCUGCGUCCGCAGAACAGCACACAACAGUGUCUCAAUCUGUACACUCCGAACUCACGAAGAUGACAGGUUCUUAGAACCACUGGAUCUCACCAUUUUCAGCACUGCAAAGCGACUAGCGAGCUGUUGCGUCAUCAGCAGAAAUCGAAUCGUUUUUGACGACCUAGCUACUCGUGAUAUAUCAACUACUUCCCUUUAAAGCUGUACUUCAAUGUUUGGUUCUGUCGUGUCAAUUUCGCCACUGUUUAUCUUUCGCCCGGCAGGCGGUGGGCCUCCCGGCCACCUUCCGCGUGGUGAGGGGGGGGCAUUUUUGCCCUCCCUGUAUCUCCGAAACUACUAGACGGAUCCGUAAAAUUCAAACGGCGUUCGAUAGCCCUGUCAAAUUUGUCGAAGGAAACUAAAUUUCAUUGACGUCGGAGUCACCGAUGACGUCACAGGUCAGGUCAAAGAUAAAAUGUUUCACCGUUCACUAGGGAAUGCGCUAUAACAUCGAGUAACACGAAUUUUGUCGAAAAUCAGCGAUAAGACGUCAGUUGCUUAGUGCAUAUGUUGCUAUUAGAGGUCACUGAUAAUACCAGGUCAGGUCACAGGUCAGGUCACUAAGGGUCAGCACAUGAACCCAACUUUACUAAGAUUGUGCGAUGCAUGUUUUAUGGCCAUUUUUCAUUUCCAACUCAAUGGUGCUGGUUAUAAGACCAUCACGGUUUAGAUCACUUUCUGGUGGAGGUCAGGUCAAGGUCAGGUCAAAAAAGGUCAAAUUUCAAAGUUGAUAGUUUUGCAUAAAAUGGGUGCUUAUCGAUUCGAUGCACCUCGUCACGGGGAGUCUAAUGGUUGUCCUUGUUUUGCGCUACGAGGGUUAGAAUUGCUAAAAAUAGAGAUUGAAAAGUUGACGUCAUCAAUUUUGAAGUUUUUUUUUUUCGCUAUAACUUGGCCAAAAAAGAGGUAUCGAUCUCAAAUUUGGUAUGGGGAUAGAAGGGGUAGGUACUGUCACAUAUAUUCAGUUUUUUUUCGAAAUUUAAAAAAAAUGGAUUUUUCGGCUAUUAUAUUAAAAAAAAAAUAUUUUCUUGGUUUUUAUAAUUUAAAAAAUCCGAGAUUGUAGUUUUUUAGCCCCGUUAAUUCUACACCUUUUAUGUCAAAAACUGUUUUCUGUAUCUCUAAGGCUGUAGGCCUGACAGGUCUUCUUGCGAAACUUUUUUUUUUGUUUGUUCGAAAAUGGCAUAAUAUGGGUACCUACCUGACGUUUUGUAAAUGGGUAACACUCUGACGUUUUUAGUGGCCAACAUAUCAAAACCUUUGGAUUUUUUGUCACAAUGUGCAAAAGCUUUUGACGGGAGGGUACUGAUAGUUUGGUGACGAUCGGCGCAGCGGUUCUGGAGAUAUAUCGAAAAAACUAAGGGGGGGGGGGCAAAAAAUGCCCUUCCCCCCCCCCACCGCAUGGAAGGUUAGGUUACUGAUCCUGUUAUUGACAGGCAACCUACCGUGCAUGACUGUUGUGCUCAAAUUAUGCCGUAGUUCACAAAGAGUAGCAAAUGGGUCAAAUGUGAUUUUAGUUCGGGGCACGUUGAAAAAAAUCAAGCGAGGUGUUAAAGAAAACGAGGCAACGUAUCAUUAGUCAGUGGCCCAUUUUCUGGUUAUCGUUAAAUUUUAUUUAGCAAUAUUAUCCGCGUUUUUUAUUACUCUCAAAAAUGUGUCGUCUACUCGUUAUCGCGUCACAAUAAAUAACAUAUUUC